AUGGGCCACUCCACAAAACUGCUGACGCCUACUCAGACCGUUGGAGACAUAUUUUCAGACGAGUUCCGCCAGAAGCUCCCAGCAAAGCUUACCAAUGUGCUCGCUCAGUCUGGCGUAGGUCCGAUCAUCUUAUGGGGCGAAUGUGCAAUGUUGUACUAUGGCGUCCCAGUCAGCCAAAACCAUAUGCAUUUACUUGUUCCUGAUGAUCAGCUCGAAACUGCCUAUAAAGUCUUGCUGGCUGCUGGUUACAAGGACUCUCCACUCCCCCUUAUUCCGAUUGUUAGUUCUCGCGAUCCUAACACCCGCUGGGAAUAG